AAACAAAUUCAGUAUAUAUGUAAAAUAUUUAUCGAUUUUUCUUAUAGAGUGAUAGCAAUGUGCUCACAAUGGAUAUCUCUAACAUACGAGAGAAUUUGUUAAAUCAAGCAGAAUACUUGAUACCGCGAAAGUUAACUGCGGGUGAUAAAAAUUAUUUAUAUCACUAUGUUCAUUUGGACACGGUAGAAGGAAUACUAUUGUCAUCAAUACCUAUUCAAAAUACAUCAAAAGAUAACAAGAUUCUUGUCAACUUCAACAAGUGUGUACACGUUAUUCAUAGGUUAUUGCAUAACACAGUAAGAUUUAAAAUGUUGAAUCAAGAUAUAGAUAAAACGGCAAUCAAUAGAAGCUUAAUUGCUGUUAAAGAACACGGUGUAUUAUUUGAGUGGGAAAAUAUGGCUUUCUGGGUAAUUGGGCGUCUCUACACAAACCCUCAUCCAAAGGAAUUAUAUGUGUGUCAUCAAGACUCUGCACCUCAGAAUUUAAUCGAAAUAGCUUUUCGGUUACAUUCGUAAACUUAUUUAUACUGUAUAUCAUAAGCACACAGAAAAUAUAUAUAUUUCGUUUUAAAC